CGCGAAGAGACGAACAUAGACCCAGUAGUACAAAUCCAGCAGAAAUCCAAAAACGCCAAUCCGAUAUCCGCCAAAGCAAAACUCCCAAUUUCGCCAUGUCAAUGUAACUACAUGCGUCAGCACAGUGCCAGCUGAUAAUCAACAAACCAUCUACUUACGUCUUUCCAUUCGUGUUCUCCUUCUGUAGGUUUCCCACCGGUCUCCCCCUAAUUCAUCUUCUGUACAGUCGUCCACGUCCUACAACAUUCCAACAUCCAAUGGUUGGAGCAAAACGGACAACUCGCAUCAAUCGCAACGCUAUUGUUGUCAUGGCCACAGGCACAACACUUCCACCUCUUGUCGUGGUAUUCCAAUUUGCACUGGGGGCACUGGGCGUGCUGACGCUGGCAGUCGCAACGAGGGCUGCGGUUUGGAUUGCGUCCGAAGCCGCAUUGGCAGCAGUAUACGACGUAGCCCAUGAUCAAGGUUGAUGGCGGAUAUAGUAGGGUGGUGGUCUUAGUCGAUGAGUAUCACAGGAGUUCCAGGAGGAUACGCUGGACUCGAAAGGUGGAUGAUAUUCAAAGUAUCCGGCGUUGGAGCAAGAACUUUAGCAGACGAAAAGUCCUG